GUCGAGGCCGGACCAGAAACUACCACUCUCGCCAAGUAGCUGCGCUUUUACUUUUAGCACUUGAGGCAUUUGCACUAAAGUUUAGUAAAGACUUAGACAGUGCCGUACAUGUCCAACACAACUCAGGGUGAAGGCAAAACGAUAUAAUUAGUAUUAGUAUUACUCGUGUGCAAACGUGCUUCACUGCUUGUAUUUGAAGCCAAACAUAGCACAUUAGACGUGAUAAGAGAGGCUUUGCCGAUUACUCUAGCAGGAAGUACAACUGCUGUCGGAUCUUCGCACCCAACACCCAGUCUGUGUUGGGUAUUCCGUCACCCGCGGCAUACGAAACUGUUUCCUGAGCUGCGCUGCAGUUCCUGUGCGUUCGAUUGGCGGCCAACCGGACUGGUGGAGCAAGGUCUGUGCGAUGGCGAUGCGGUGGUGUAGGAUGUCUGAUCCCAUGCUGCUCGUGGCUACGCUAGUAGCAAGCUGUAUGGUGCUGCACGAAGGCAGCACGGCUAGUGAUAGCGGCGAUAGUCCAGCGCAGAACGGAGGAGAUCUUGAGACGUGGUGGACGAUGGCCAACCGCGUGAUCCUGCCCCAGGGUAACAUGGGUACAUUUCCCGGCUGCGAGCACCUCAAUCUAAUGACGGACAACCAGCGGCGGGCGUGUGACGGUGGAUCGGACCUGGGCGUUCGGAGGAUGACAAUUUUGGCCCGCGCCAGCCUGGCAACAACGCUGGAGUGUCAAAAGCAAUUCGCCGCGCAGCGCUGGAACUGCCCAAAGUUCGCCAGUGGACCACUGUUCGGAAGACACAUCCUACACAACUCAACCCGAGAAGCAGCGUUCGUACAUGCUCUGAUGGCAGCCAGCGUUGCCCAUGAGUCGGCAAAGGCGUGCAGCGAGGGACGACUUGGCAGAGACUGCAACUGCGUGACGAACUAUCACGAAGAAGAUCAACUGCGUGGCCUAGUUGAUCGUGAGCAGGAAGCGGCCCGGUGGGCUACAGCAGACUACAGAUGGAAGAACUGCGACAACAACAUCGCCUACGGGCUGCGCAUGGCCAAGAAGUUCCAGUCCGUCGAGCCGCGGCCAGGCGUGUGGAGCAGGCAGCGCAAGCUGCUCAACCUGCAUAACGAGAAGCUAGGAAGAACGAUCGUUCGCAAGGGCUUCGAGCGUGCGCCGGUCUGCAAGUGUCUGGGAUUCACGGGCAGCUGUCUGACACGCAUGUGCUGGAGAGAAGUGCCCAACUUCCGCGCUGUCGGCAACGCCCUGUUCUCUCUCUAUCGCUCCCCGGUGGAGACCACGCUGAACGCGGCCGGCGACGGCCUACAGUCCGUUUACAUGGCAACCGUGGACGCCGCAGCCGGGGCGGAACAGCCGACUGUCAUCGACGGAGGCGCCGGCGAUGGAGUGACACUCCCAGCACCUUCCGAGAACCAAUUAGUGCACGGUUCGGACGAGUGGAGCUACUGCGAUGCGAACAGCGAGUUCGACAUCGCCGGCACGCGAGGACGCAUAUGCCAGACGGGUUCCGGCGAGAGUGACAGCUGCAGGAGUAUGUGCUGCUAUAGGGGCUACCAGGGGCAGACGGUCACGCAGAAGGCGCGCUGCAACUGCCGCUUCGUCUUCUGCUGCAGCGUCAAGUGUGAGGAGUGCACCACUGAGUUCGAGCGGAACACGUGCAACUGAGCAUGCACACACAAACGCACACCCAGAGACACCCACCCACACACCUUCAUGUACACACAGACACACGCUCACACACACACACACACACACACACACAUACACACACACCAUCGUUCGGCUAUCCACACAGCACACUAUAGAAUAAUCUUCAACUAAAAUUACUACUUUACUUGACUCAUAGAGCCCCUACUCAACUCUGCAUCUAAAUGUGGUAAAUUAUACGACUUGUAUAACUUGUUAUUGUAUUCUUAUCAAAUUAUGCUAGCAGCAAACUUUCCAAUUAAGGUUCAUUAAUUUUAUGAUUCAUUGAUUAAGGUUAAGUACACAACGAUCUUCAGGAUAUGUUUUAGACAGUGGCUGAACAUCUUUGUCACGUGACUAAGUUUGUGUAGAAAAGGUCCUUAGGAGGCAUGGCAUGUGGACAGUGGAACCAACAUAACAGCCAUCACUGCCUUAUCCACCGAUGCAUGAAUUUGCUAGAGUUGUAAACAGCCAGGUCUGUCGGACAAACCCCAGUGUACGACUAGCCCAGGGUGGAUAAUGCUCGACAA